AUGCCUCCCCUUACCAACACAUAUCCCAAACACUUACCCCAGACCAGCCCAGUCCCCACUAUGGCACCCUCAAGGGCAGCAGCCCUCGUCCGCAUAACCUCCGCACUCGCACAACCCCCUGUCCACACGGCAUUCCGCAUGCUUCUAUCCACAUGUACGAGGCAAACACCACGCUUGCAUGGCGUUUCGGCGCCAAUUCCAAGACCGGCGCGGCACCUAUGUUUGCCUACGAUGUGCACACGAGCAUAUUCACAGCCGGCGGGCGCGGCACUCGAACCACCGGAUUACCUGAAUGAAGCGGAGUUGCAAGUUUUCAACAAGAUCAAGGCCAAGUUGGAGCCAGUGAGGUUGGAGGUCCAAGAUAUAAGCGGUGGCUGUGGCUCAAUGUAUGCCCUUGAUAUCGAGUCGCCCAAGUUCAAAGGGCUGUCGGUUAUCAAGCAGCACAAGAUGGUGAAUGAGGUGUUGAAGGACGAGAUCAGUGGUUGGCAUGGCGUGCAGUUACGCACAAAGGCUUGCUGA